GUUUUAAUUAUGAAAGUAUUUGAUAUACUACGCAGGUGUUAGGAUUUGUCUUCCUAAACAAAAUAUGUUUAGAUUUAUUUCUACUGACUGUAUUCUCCUUGCCCUGUACCCCCAACUCCUACUGUGUUAAAUAAAUUUCAGAAGAUGAAACUAAGUUUAUUUGAUAAAAAUUUAUGCAUGUAUUUAUGUUUUCCCUUCCUUGGGAGGGGCAACUCUUAACUCUGGUAGAAAAUUUUUGAAUCGUUUAAAUUUAAGAUACUGUCUCUAAGAUAGAGACUACUAUCUUUUGGUAAAUAAACUACUUAAACGAGUUGAUACUCUUGCACAUGUAUAGUCUUUCAUCUUGUAGUGUCAGACUUGAGUGUUGGCCACUCGUGAAUUUGAUUUUAUUGUUGUUUUGCAAAUUAUUGGCGGUAAAUGUCAUAUAUUAAAAAUUAGAAUCCCAGUUUUAAGAUCUGUGAGUGGCCUUGGAUUAGAGAUCAUCUGUUGAGUAGUUUUAAAUUUUCUCUGCCUGUGAAACUCUUUAUUCAAAUUGAGAAGUAUGUUGCAAGGAAGCAUGUGCAAAGCAAGAGAUGAGUCCCUAGCAAACUUCUAAGCUGAUUUGGUCUAGUGGAUGACUUGUGCAGGUGAGGAAUGAAAAGUUGGGGAAGAGCAGGGACUGGUAGGAGGUUCCAUUCUGUGUCACAGAGCAGGACCCAGAUCCCCUAACAACUGGUCUGGUAUUCUUUCCUCCCCAGUACUGAUUUUAGGUUAGACAAAAUAAAUAUGUGCUAAUGCAUUUAUAUUUGUUUAUAUAGAAUUUGAGAUGUAAGGAACCAUAUUCAAUAUCCUGAGAUAAAUCAUAAUGGGAAAGAAUAUAAAAAAGAGUGUGUAUGUAUAUGUGUGUAUAUGGCAUAUAUAUAUAUGCAGCAGAAAUUAACACAAAAUUGUAAAUCAACUAUAUUUCAGUAAAAAAAUUAAAAUAAAAAAGGAAAAAAAAGAGAACUAGGAUAAAUACUAGAUAAUUGAAAAAGUAAUCAAUUGGCAAUACCCUUGAAGGCCACAGGGUACUGAGUAACCCCCAGCAGGACUUUGUGAAAAGCAAGUCCAGUCAGGAAGCAAACAUCCCCUCAUCCUGUCCUGUAAUGGGGACAGACCAAGGAGAGAUGAUAAAUUGGAGCUUGACUUCUGACAGGUUUUUUCUUUUUUCCAUUUUUUGGCCGCGCCAUGCGGCAUGGGGAAUCCCAGUUCCUGGAGCAGGGAUCAAACCCGCGCCCCCUGCAUUGGAAGCGCAGAGUCUUAACCACUGGACCGCCAGGGAAGUCCUGUGACAGGUUUUUUUUUCCUUCUGUUACACAAAAGAACCUGCCUUCUGGAUCAUCACGUGUUGGAGCCAUUAAACUUACCUACAUUUCAAAGGUUAGCGAUGCAACUAAGCUAAGGCCAAAGGCUGAGUUCUGUUUUGUUAUGAAUGCAGGGAUGAGGAAAUAUUUCCUACAAGCCAAUGAUCAGCAGGACCUAGUAGAAUGGGUAAAUGUGUUGAACAAAGCUAUAAAAAUUACAGUACCAAAGCAGUCAGACUCACAACCUCAUUCUGAUAAUCCAAGUCGCCAAGGUGAAUGUGGGAAGAAGCAAGUGUCUUACAGAACUGACAUUGUUGGUGGUGUGCCCAUCAUUACCCCAACUCAGAAAGAAGAAGUAAAUGAAUGUGGUGAAAGUAUUGACAGAAAUAAUUUGAAGCGGUCACAAAGCCAUCUUCCUUACUUUACUCCUAAACCAUCUUCAGAUAGUGCAGUUAUCAAAGCUGGAUAUUGUGUAAAACAAGGAGCAGUGAUGAAAAACUGGAAGAGAAGAUAUUUUCAAUUGGAUGAAAACACAAUAGGCUACUUCAAAUCUGAACUGGAAAAGGAACCUCUCCGCGUAAUACCACUUAAAGAGGUUCAUAAAGUCCAGGAAUGUAAGCAGAGUGACAUAAUGAUGAGAGACAACCUCUUUGAAAUUGUAACAUCGUCUCGAACUUUCUAUGUGCAGGCUGAUAGCCCUGAAGAGAUGCACAGUUGGAUUAAAGCAGUCUCUGGUGCCAUUGUAGCACAGCGGGGACCUGGCAGAUCAGCGUCUUCUGAGCAUUCCCGCUGUCCUUCCGAACCCAAACACGCUCUCCUCUCUGCCGGUGCCACAGCAGCCACCCCGCGAUCCACAGCCUCUCGCAGCGACUCUCUGGUCUCAAGCUUUUCCAUGGAGAAGCGAGGAUUUUACGAAUCUCUUGCCAAGGUCAAGCCAGGGAACUUCAAGGUCCAGACUGUCUCUCCAAGAGAACCAGCUACCAAAGUGACUGAACAAGCUCUGCUAAAACCUCAAAGUGAAAAUGGCCCUCAGGAACAAGAUUGUGACCCCGUGGACUUGGAUGACGCAAGCCUUCCAGUCAGCGAUGUGUGAGAUGGAAGCACGUGGAGCCUGACCCGCCUCAUCCGCCCUCAGUGUCCUUUCAAGAGGCUUCUUGCCAAAGAUGAUAAAGGGGAAAGGGGCUUUAAUGCAUAUAGUGUACUGCCUCAUCGAUGUUCUCUUUAUAAGCUGGUAAGCCAAGAAGCUAGGGUGUGGCCAAACUCAAUGCAAUUUCUUUAAAAAAAGAAAGAAAGAGAAAAGCCCGACGAAGUAUCUCAGUAUCAGCUGUCUGAAGCUUUGUUCUCAUUGGGAUGAUAAAAGUGUGUGUGAUAUUUUUUCCAAGCGAAUUUGACAAUUUAAAUGUUUCACAAUUUAAAACAUGAAAAAUGCUUAUUAAUUAUUUUGGUUGUUUUAAAAAUGCUACUGUGACUUCCAAUUAAAUGUUCAAUCUCUACACAUUCUUACCGGUUAAUAUUAUUGAAUGGAGUAUUGCCAGACAAAAGGAUCUAAACUCACGACGUCUGUGGUGCUGUAACAUUUACAGUGCAGUGUGGGCAGUUCUGAAAUGGUAGCCAUGUUUGAUGCUCUGGGUCUCAAGGUGAGCUGUGAGUUUUGCAUAGAGGAUAUUAUUGGACAGUUAGUGAGGGUCGUGUGUUGUACUGGGAUGGAGAGAAGGGGAGAAUUAGAAUUCAAACAACCGUAUCUCGGACAUUUAUUUGUAAAAGCUUAAGACGUGCAGCAGUCAUUGCUUUAUUCAGUGAAAAUUAUUUGAUACGAAAUUUCUUGGAGAUCUGAUUUCCUUGUCAGAGUUUUGUAAAAUAGUUCUUAUUUCUAUAUUUGGAUCAGUGAAAGACCUCAAGUUUAUGUGUAAAGACAUACUGCCCUUAGUCAUGCGAUUGUAACCUCUGUGUUUUGUCACUAAUAGCCUGUAUUCAAGUGCCUGUGUUUUUUCAUCUUGUUUAGGAAUAUUUUGAGAUUAAUGUGCUCAAAACCCCUACAUGAUUGGUUUUAAACUAUUAGGAUAAAAUUAAUUUUCAGUAGCAUAGGUUAAUGUACUAAAUAACAUACCAUUUUGUGUUAGAGAUACCAGAAUGUUGUUAUUCUACUAUCUGUGCAAUAUAUGUUUUAAAACACAUAUUUGACUUUACAUUUAAUCAAGGGGAUAUCAUAAGUAUAAGCACCUCUCUAAAAGAUCGUUAGUUUCAGGUGUUGAGUAAUAGACCAGUUUGACCAAGUACUGUUUUUACGGUUCAUUCUUAAACAUUUGCUUUAAGAAAAUAGUCUUGAAUUUCACAUGCUGCUAUUUUUAUGAUAUUUUGCCAUAUUACAGUACUGUGUUGUUUUGAAUUCGUAAAUGUCACUGUUUCUCCUUUUCAUUUUCUAAGAUGACUUCUUGUUUGAGAAAGAGAGGGGAGGGUGGAUUUCUUAUUACAGUCGUGGGGUCCAGAGGUUACUGUCUAUUAUACUAGAAUUAUCAUAGCAUCACUUUAAAAAUCCGAAUGCAUCAAGAAUGCACCACUCAACAUUUUUAUUCAUAAGCUAAUAUUUUUAGAAGUUGUGUUUAGAUUCUUCCUUUUUUGCAGCUACACUUGAGAAUGAUAGAAUGAAAAGGUUUUAAGUAGUUAUCGCUUUCUCUGCAGACAUAUCCAUUACAGCAGCUCCUUUAGAAAGCUCAUGUUUCAUGAACACACCUAAGAAGUCUUGUGUAGACAGUUGGCUAUUUCAGGAGCCUAAUGCUGUUUUCUUUGGUACAGCUUUUACAUUGCAUGUUCAUGUUAAUAUUUUGGUAUUGGUAAUUUGAUAUAUUCCAUAGUGGCAAAAUAUUAGCUCUAUUUUGGGACUUUUUAUAGAACUACCCUUGUAUAAAAUAGCACAGGGAAAUGGUCUUGUGAUUGUCAGAGUCUCCUAAUAUUUAUCUCAAUACUUUUAUAAUUCUAUGAAAAUUAUUUAAUUAUUUUAAAACUUAUACUUUUCCUGUAAAUAUGUCACAUCUGAAUUGUCAAAGAAUUACUUUGAAUACCUUAAUAUUUGCUGCAUUUUUUUCUGUAUAUAUAACAUGUCUUCUUUCAGAAUGGGAAUAUAUGUGUGCUUCCCAUUGUUUACUUUUAUGUCUGACAUCUUUAUACAUCAAACUGGUUGAACACUGUAAUGACUUGAGAAUAAAUUGCUCAAAAUUAAUUCUAACUUA